AUGUCCGUCAUUCUUGCGUCGGCCGGCUAUGACCACACCAUCCGAUUCUGGGAGGCGCUCACUGGAGUCUGCUCCAGAACUAUACAGCACGGCGAUUCCCAGGUCAACAGGCUGGAAAUCACCUCUGACAAGAAGUUCCUCGCCGCGGCUGGCAAGUCCAAAAUCCGUUUGUACGAUAUCCGUUCCUCGAAUCCGAACCCAGUGACUUCAUUUGAUGGCCACACAAACAACGUGACGUCCAUCGCGUUCCAAAUCGAAAACAAAUGGAUGUGCUCUUCCAGCGAAGACGGAACUGUCAAAGUCUGGGAUGUGCGGUCUCCUAGCGUCCAGCGAAAUUACAAACACAACUGCCCCGUCAACGAGGUCGUGAUACACCCAAACCAGGGCGAACUCAUCAGCUGUGACCAGAACGGAAACGUGCGAGUUUGGGAUCUGGGAGAGAACAAAUGCACUCACCAGCUUAUUCCGGAGGACGACGUGUCGAUUCAGUCCAUCAGCUGUGCGUCAGAUGGGUCAAUGCUGGUGGCAGGAAAUAACAAAGGAAAUUGCUAUGUGUGGGAGAUGAAAAAUAACGAGGAUCAGACACUGCUUAGACCGGUCAACAAGUUCAAGUCGCAUUCAAAAUACAUCACUAGAGUAUUAAUUUCGUCCGACUGCAAGCAUCUAGCAACGUGCUCAGCAGACCACACUACCCGCAUAUGGUCUACAGAGAAUUUCUCACUCGAAACUACGCUCAGAGGCCAUCAGAGAUGGGUCUGGGACUGUGCGUUCAGUGCCGACAGUGCGUACUUGGUGACCGCAUGUUCAGACCACUACGUGAGACUAUGGGACCUGAGCACCAGUGAGACGGUCAGACAGUACAACGGACACAACAAGGGUGUGAUCUGCGUGGCAUUGAACGAUGUGUAA